AUGGAGAUUAUUGAAACAGAACAAGUUACUGGCAACCAGUCGAGGUCUCCGAUUGAUUUAAAUAUGAGUAAAAUGACGGUGGUGAAUUUGAAAUCAUUAGACUGGCAUAACUACGAAAUAGUGCCAAAAAAAUUGAAAAUAACAAAUACAGGAAGAAACGUGGUUGUGUGCGGAAAUUGGCAAAAAACUCCACAUUUAUCGUCAGGGCCACUACGGAGCGAUUACACUUUUUCACAGAUUCAUUUUCAUUGGGGCCCCACUGAAAUGAUGGGGAGUGAGCAUUUAGUGGACGGAGCAAGCCAGCCAAUGGAGCUACACGCAGUGCACUUUAAAAGUGAUUAUCUAUCUCAAGAAGCUGCCAUGAGGGAAACUGAUGGCAUAACCAUGCUAGUUUAUUUCUUUAAGCUUCAGUCGGUGCCUAAUUUAGCCCUCAAUGGUAUAGUGAACAGUCUGUCAUCGAUUCAACCUCCAGACUCUUCAAUUCGAAUUCCGGUAGAACCAAUUAGUAAUAUACUACGACCCUUUGAAGACGAUUAUUUUUUGUACAAAGGUACUGUUCCAGUUGGAAAAUAUGAGACGCCUGUUAUGUGGCUCUUCAGUAGAGAACCAAUUGCAAUUUCUCUCGAACAGGUGGCGCAGUUUCGGAAUUUGAACGAUCGAAAUUUCAACAGAAUAUUGAACAACUUGCGGCCCCUAGCAUGCGUGAAUCCCCCGGUUUUUUACGCUAAUCCUAAGGGAUCAAAUUACGCUUCACUCUUACCAGUUUCACCGGAUUCAAUCCCUUGA